AUGGUGGCCAAAGGCAGUCAGCUAACGUGCCAAAAUGACUUCCGACGUCCAGAAUACACUGACAUCUCAGUUGAAUGUGGCACAACCUCGAUAGAUCUGGCUAUCCUAAUUUGCCCUGUCGUCUACACUGGCUACAAUGAGUCUCUGCUCAUCCUAAACCACGUGUCUGACAAGACAGAGUGCAAAGGAACCCUCGAUGAAUCUGUCACACCGCCUGUUGUCAGGUUCACCUUCCCCAUCAACAUGACCAACGCUUGUGGCAGCACCUUCCUGACCACUAGUUCAGCUGGCACAGGAGUUUUUGCUGAUUUCUCCAACGUCCAGAUGGUCAAUGUCAGUGGUGUGGUGCACUCCCAUGAUCCAACAACUGGGAUCGUCACCUAUAACACUGAGCUCAAAUAUUAUUAUUCCUGUGCUUAUCCUCUGGAGUAUCUCAUCAACAACACCCAGGUGGACGUGUCAGGAUCUUCCAUUGCAGUGAGGGAUAACAAUGGAAGCUUCAUCAGUACUUUAAGCAUGGAGCUCUUCAGUGAUGUCAACUAUACCACUCCUUUAGUCAUACCGCAGCAAGGCCUGGAGCUGAAGACUGAUGUCUACGUCCAGGUCCAAGCAGUCAACCUGACUGAUCAGUACCAUGUCCUCAUGGAUCGAUGCUAUGCUUCCAUUUCUCCUCAUCCUACCAACUCCUCUUUCUUCAACCUGUUUGUUUCGUGUUCUCAGGACCAGAUGACAACCAUGCAUGAAAACGGGGACAGUCAAUACGCCCGUUUCUCCUUCCCGGCCUUCAGGUUUGUUGAACAGAAGAACCAGACGGUGUCCACGUAUUACCUGCACUGCAUUACCAGACUCUGUGAAGUCAGCACCUGCAAUGACUUUAAGCAAUGUAACAACAGGAGGAAAAGGGAUGCUCAUUCCACUGGAGUUUCAGAAGCCGCCACCCUGUCCUCAGCAGUGCCCAUUGUCACCAGAAAUGAAAAUUCACUGUCGUCUAAGGAGGAAGUUAUCUCCAGCAGUGAUUCUGACUCGGAGUCCAGGAUGGGUCUUGGGAUAGCUGUGGGUGUCCUCACACUAGCUGUCAUCGUGGCUCUAAGUGCUGCUGCCAUCUUCUACAGGAGGCUCAGAUACUUCUAA